AUGUACAAAAUUAUAGCUAAGAUACUUACUGCUAGGCUGAAAAUGGUUGUUGAUUGCCUGGUGGGGCCUUCCCGGUCUGCAUUUAUAGAAGGGAGAAACAUUUUGGACAAUGUAAUACUAGCUCAUGAACUUAUCAAAGGAUAUACACAGAAAGCGGUAUCACCAAGAUGCAUGAUUAAGGUGGCCAUUAGAAAGGCCUAUGAUUCUGUUGAAUGGAGCUUCUUGAGUUAUCUUAUGAUGGAACUUGAGAUUCCAUAUAAAAUGAUGUGUUGCCGAGCAGACAAGGUGUCUAUUAAUCUCAUGAUGAAACAAUUUGAACAUUUUUCUGCUGCCUCAGGAUUGCAAGCAAACAUGGAGAAAAGCUCAUUGUAUGUAGCAGGUGUAUCGACUCAAUACAAGGAUGAAAUACUGAAGGAAUUGCAUUUCACCACUGGAGCCCUACCAUUCAAAUAUUUAAGAGUUCUGUUGUCCUCAAAGAAGCUCACUGUCAGUUAG